AUGGAUCUACUCACUGAAUUGGAAUACCUACCUUUGGCUGUCAAACAGGCGGCAGCGUAUGUGAACACAAACAAAAGCUCUGUAUCCGAGUACAUAAUCUUGCUCAAGAACACGACAGAAGACGCUUUCGCUAUCAUGAGCACGGAUUUCGGUGACAAAACGCGAUGCUCGAAUUUGACAAACGCAAUCGCGAAGACAUGGACGAUAACGUUCGACAAGAUUCUCCACCUCGAUCCGAUAGCAGCAGACCUUCUCAAAUUCAUGUCCUGUAUUGAAUGGAGGGCAAUUCCCUAUUCAAUCUUACCAGCAGCAUGCUCCAAGGCGCGGCUAGCAAAGGCCAUUGGCUUACUGUGCGCGUUCUCGCUUAUAGAAAGAAUCGAUCAUGGAACCAAAUUCAACAUGCAUAGGCUAGUUCAUUUGGCGACAAGAAUUUGGGUUAGAAGGAAAUGCGAAGAAGAGGAGACAAUCAAGGCGGCUUUCAAACAACUCUCGGAGGUCUUUCCGUGUGAUUAUUACACCGAUCAUGAAACAUGGCAGGAGUAUAUGCCACAUGUGGAUUGUAUGGAGCGGUAUAAUCAGCAAUAUGACUCCUCUGAGAGGGCCGAGCUGUGUAUGAGAGUGGGCAAGUUUAUAUUAGGUGAUGAGCGGGUGGAAGAAGCCAUUGUCUGGCUGCAGAAGUCCUGCGAAUGGAGGGAUAAGAAUCUUCCCCCGCAUAACACACAGAGACUUACUUCACAGCGUUAUCUCGCCAUGGCAUAUCGACAAAACGGACAACUCAAAGAGUCAAUCGAUGUACUUGACUGUGUUAUCUCAAUUCCAUUGGGUGUACUAGCAGAGGCUGACCCUGAUCGCCUAUCGUCACAAUACCAGCUUGCGAUAUCAUAUCAAGCAAGCGGGCAGACCGAAAAAUCGAUCAAGCUUCUCGAGGAUAUUGUUGGUAUACAAGCCAUCCUGGUACCGCCUAACGAUGGUGAACGACUUGCGUCACAGUACAUGCUCGCAAUGGCAUAUCAGGCGAAUGGACGAAUCCACGAGUCAAUUGAACUGCUCGAGCACAUUAUCGGAACUCAAGGAGAAAGCCUCGCAGAGGAUGACCCCAAACGGCUAGCAUCACAGCACAGACUUGCUAUGGCAUACUCGGACAGCGGUCAGGCUGGCGAGGCCAUCAAACUUCUGAAGCAAGUCUGUGCCAUCAAAGCAAAGUCGUUCGCAGAAGACCAUCCUGAUCGACUUGUGUCAGAGUACGCGCUUGCGAUGGCCUGCAAGGACAACAGUCCGACUGAAGAGUUGAUUAAACUGCCAACUCAUACCAGUAAAAUAGAAGCAUAUUUCCUCUUGCUAUGGGUUCCCGCCGAAAAAGAGAAUUUCCAGCAGAUUAAGGGGACAGACUUGGCUGAAACUGAAGGCCGGAGGAAUCAGAACUGA